ACGUUCGUCAACGAUGUGAGGAUUCCUGACCAGAAGUACAUCACCCUCAAACUCAAUGAUGUCAUUCGCUUCGGCUAUGAUUCAAACAUGUAUGUCCUUGAGCAAAUUCAACACAAAGUCCCAGAAGAAGCACUAAAGCAUGAGAAGUACACCAGCCAACUGCAGAUGAAUUACAAGGGCACAGCAAUGAAGAGGGCGGAGCAGCCCAUGGAGCAUGGUGUCUACACUGAAUCCCCACAAGCAAAGCUGGAGAAAGGAGAGAGGAAAGCAAUUACAGAAACGAACACUUACCGCACCCCUCUGUACGGACAACCCUCCUGGUGGGGGGAGGAUGAUGCCAAUAACAAGGAGGACAGAAGGCAAGAGGAGCAUUACUCAGAGAGAUCAAAAGAGAUAACUCACCAUGAAGAGGAACUGAAUGGGAAUAUUACCACUUACAGAGAUGCCCAGGAUCAAUCUGUGUUUGCCUUUCGGAGGGAGCCAAGUUAUUUUGAGAUUCCAACUAAAGAAUUUCAGCAGCCAUCAAAAUCUCCAGAAACACAGGUCCAUGAGAUCCCAACGAAGGAUGUGGAUGCUGUAGUAGCCCCUGUCGUGCAGAGUCAUGCCUCUUUCACCAUUGAGUUUGAUGAUGGUACCCCUGGUAAAAUCAAGAUCAAAGACCAUGUCACUAAAUUUUCCCUCAGACAGAGAAGACCAUAUAGUAAGGAACCAGCUCAUACAGAAGUGAUGUCAGCAGAGAGCAAAGUGGCUGACUGGCUUGUCCAGAAUGACCCAAGCUUGAUGAGAAGGCAGUCUGCAGGAGAUGAUGUGUACAGUACCAAGAGUGACCUGCCAGUUCAUGUGAGGACACUUAAAGGCCAUCGGCACGAGGACGGGACGCAGAGCGACUCCGAGGACCCUGUGGCACCCAAGGUGGAGCAGGAGGUGACCCCGGGCAGUGAUCGUCCCAUGGAGCAGACCAGGCUGCAGCGCCAGCUGCGGCGUGACCCGCACGAGAUGCUGCACAACAAACAGGCCUUUGUCAUCGAGUUCUUCGAGGACACGCCGCGCAAGAAGCGCUCGCAGUCCUUCACGCACAGCGCGCACUCCUCCCAGAGCGAUGCUGACCCCAAGGCCAAGGUGGAGAAACGCAAGAACACAUCCCCGGCCGAGAAACUUGGGAAUUCAGCUCCUCCAUCCCACCUCGCAGCACAGGUGGGGAAACCCAAUAACAGCUCCUGCAGUGCCCAAAGAACCAGCUCCUUCAAGAGGGAGAAGACGGAGGACCGGAUCAACUCUGCAUCCUCCUCUGCUUCAAGAACAUCAGGCAAAAUGUAUGGGAGUGUUGGGAGGAAGUCUAAGAUGGCUCAGGAUUUUAUGGCUGAGUACUUGAGGGAGACUGCGCAGCCUGGGAAGCAGAGCGCUGAGAAACCAGCCCCUCUGCCCAUGCCUGUAGCUCCACGGGUGGUUAUAUCAUCAGAACCAGAGUCUGCUUCUGCUCCUUCUCCGGAGGUGAAGUCUGCCCAGGGCAGGAGGAAUGAUGAGGAAGACAGCGUGAGCGAGACAGGCACAUACACCAUUGAGACGGAGUCACAGGAUAAAGAGGUGGAAGAAGCACGAAAAAUGAUAGAUCAGGUUUUUGGUGUGCUUGAGUCACCCGAAUUUUCCAGGAUCUCCUCAGCCUUUAGACCAGUAAUUAAAGGUGAAAAAGAUGACUCUGGUUCUCAGCAGCAUCUGAUCAGUGAAAAUGGCACUAGUCAGAAGUCACCCUUGCUCCAGGCCUUUUCCUCAAAAGCUAUGAGUGGGUCUCAGGCUGAAGCUCAGAUGUCUGCAGCAUCUCAGGGGAGUCAGAAGUGGGUGUCCAGGUGGGCAAGCCUUGCAGACAGUUACUCUGACUCUGGAUCUGUUUCUGGGCAGGGUGAUGGAAGUGCAGACAGCAGUGUAGCCCCAAAACCUGGGGAAUUAGAAAACUCUGCGCCCUCAAGAACAAGACGUCUUCUUCCCCAGCUCCCACCGAGUGACAAAGCUGACAGCCCCACACACACAGUCCUGGUGUGCCAGGAGUCCUACUCUGAGGUUUCUAAGAGGACUGUGGUGAAGGACCACGGUGUGGAAGCCUUUGGAGAUCCCAGCAGCCGCCUCUUCAUCCAGGAGGACCUGGAUCCAGAUAGCCUCAGUGAUGCCAGCAGAUCUGACGAUGGCUUCAGCACGGAGAAAGGCAAGAAAUACAAGGAGAACAACAAAAUUCUAGAGCAGAUGGGGGAAGACAAUAGAUCAGAGAGUAGGCAGCCAGGAGCCUCCCGUGUCUCACACGUCAGAGCUGUGAGUGAGCCAAUUUCCACUUCGUUCUACAUUGGUGAUGACAGCAGUGAUGUGGGGGUUCCCUCUAAGCUCUCUCUGAGAGCAGACAAAGACAGCAAGGAUCAGGAGUUUUCCUACAAGUGUGCUGGCACACCAGUUCCUGGAAAGCAACCGGUCAAAGAUGUUAGUGCUUACAUAAAUACAGCGGGGAAAGUUGUUAUUUCCCUUCAUCAGAGUCUUCCUCAAGACCAAGAAAACACGUCAGGAAAAGAAACAGCGUCUUUUGUUAGACAGGAAAGUUUUACCAAAGAUAAAUCAAGCAGUGGUGUUCCCCAAAAUAAACUCCCACAUAUUUCAAGUCACCCCCUGCUGAAAGAUUUAGAGACUGUUCGGUCAACUCGUAUGGACUUCGGUCAGGAGACUCACCUUCUCCUUAAGGAUACUGAAACUGCCUUGGCAGCACUGGAAGCCAAAUUACUUAGUCAAAGCCAACAGCUGGAGCCCUCAGAAACUGCUGGUCAGCUGGAGGACUCCCUGUCCGGGGACUCGGACGUGGACACUGCCAGCACAGUCAGCUUGGUGAGUGGCAAAAAUGUCCCGGCGAGCGCCCCGAAGCGCAAAGCGGUGCCAGGCCUGCAGAAGGAGAAAUCCUCCUCCACACCUUCCAUCCAGGACCAGUGUGGGCAGCCCACUGCUCGGGACAGGCUGACAGAGAAGAGGAAAACACAAGCCCCAGAGGCACCAAACCGUGUGGAGGCCACCAAACGCUUCCAGAUGAAGCGAAGCGCUGGCACUCGAGGGUCACUUGACUUCACAGACGAUGAGAGAAGUUCCAACUUGCCCUACUCGCCGGUCCCUGACACCGUCGUGUCUGACCACGAGCACACCCGGCCAGUUCCCAGAAGGAAACCUUACACUCAGGCCACCAAGGAGGACCAGAGCAAAACAACCUCAAACGUGCAGAAGAUCCAGCAGGUUCUCACCCGCUCCAACAGUUUAUCCACCCCACGGCCCACGAGGGCCUCCAAGUUACGCCGUGCCCGGCUGGGAGAUGCUUCGGACAACGAAUGUGUUGAUGCUGACAAAACAGCCUCCAGCUCUGAAGCCACCACUCAGGGCCCCAAGCCUGUGGAGGCCAAGAAGCUGUCCCGGCUGGACAUUCUGGCCAUGCCAAGGAAACGGGCAGGGUCCUUCACCGUGCCCAGCGACUCGGAGACCGCGCAGGCGAGGACAGGGUUCUCGGGCCGCAGCGCCGAUUCCUAUCGCAAGGCAGGAAUGCUGACAAAACAGCCUCCAGCUCUGAAGCCACCACUCAGGGCCCCAAGCCUCAGGCCCCGCUCGAGCAGCGUCAAGUACUCCUCCUCAGCCA